UCUGUUGACUUUCUUCUUUCAUUCCAAAGCAUCAACACAACCACAUUUUGCUUGCUCUUCUUUCUCUUCCAUCAACCCAAUCACUUCUUCUGAUAUCCAAAUAUCGCAAGCAUGUUUUUCAGAACUCUUGCUUUCGCCGCCGCCGUGGGCUCGGCCGUUGCUCAGCGUCCUGCCAAUAUGUCCAUCUGCGACUACUACACCACUGCUCUGUUGACGAACAACACUGCUGCAAACCAGGCGACUCUCUUGACUCUCGUCGUCAACACUGCUGUCAUCGGUAACUACACGCAACCAAACGUCGGUGUCUCUGUCCCAGGUAUCCUCGCUCCUGGAGAGGUCAACGGUAUCGCGGUCAACCUCCUCCCAUACUUCGAUGGUGGUUUCGCUUCCACGAAUACUGGUGGUUCUGCUGGUAUGGCCGUCAACUUCCUUGACGGUGGUGGAGCUGCUCCUCUCAUGAAGAACAUGCCUGCCAAUGAUAACACCUCUGCUCAAUACAUCCUCUUGACUCAUUUGUAUGAGUACUUUGGUGUUCUCCUUGGUUGCUCCAUGCAAGGUGGUGCUGCUUACCCUGCCUACGCUGGACAUGCUUCCAUGUACAGUGUUCACAAGUUCAUGGAUCUCUCAUAUGCCGAGGUUACCUACUUCAUUGACCAAGUCGCUCUUUCUGCCAUGUCCUUUGGUGUUGCCAAAGACGAUCUCACUGCGGUCGGAACUGCUCUCACCACACUCUUCGGAUACAGAUGCGAACCUCCGAUGACUGUCGUCCCAUCUCAAGGUCCUCAACUUGAGAGCAUCUGCAUUGACAGCACUUGCCCACUUGCAGCAAAUGCCACUUGCUCCAGCUAUGCAACCGCCAUGAAGCCAGCCAUUGCUAACAGCACUUUGGUCCCCAACUCCACUACCACUUCAGGAGGAAAUGCCAGCACGACCAGUGGUACGAGCACAUCCACUAGUUCGAUGCCUGCCACCAUCUCCAAGGCUGCUGCUGCCACUGUUGGAAUGAGCUUUGCUGCCGUUGCUGGUGGUCUUGCUGCUCUCUUCUUGUAA